CCUCCGUCGGCUAGUGGCUGCCGCCUGCACCUCCGACCCCGAGCGCCGACGCCGAGAGACACGCAAGGAGGAGGAGGAGGAGGAGGAGGGGUGGAGGACAGCGGUCUCGCGCAACUGCUCGUCCACUCCCCUCGCGCAGGAGUCGUUGGCCUGCUGCACGGCUUGCCUACUGCUCGGCUCUGGACAGGGAGGGAGAGCCCACAUGGACAUGAAUGAAGAGCAACCUCACGUUGAAGAUCGGUGCGUACCAUGGUCGGAUGGGAUGCAGCUGCUCAAAGAUGCGGCAGAAGGAAAACAUUUCCUCCCUACCGGACUUGAAGGCAUUGACACGCUUCUUGGAGGUGGGCUGCGCAAAGGCCAGUUGACAGAAAUAACCGGCCAGUCAUCUUCUGGUAAAACACAGGUCUGUCUAUAUUCUGCUGCACAUGUUGCAGCCAGGCAUAUGGGUGCUGUUCUCUACUUGGAUACUAGUAAUUCAUUCUCCCCUAGCCGAAUUGCUCACAUUCUUGAUGAACUUCCCAUCUCUUUGAUCAAAGAGCCAAAGGAUAUGAGGCUUAAGAGGGUCAUGAGCAGUAUCAUUUGUGAAUCUGUAUUUGAUAUAUUUGCUUUGUUUGAAGUACUAGAUCGACUUGAAGUCUCAUUGAAUUGCAAGGUAACUAAUGGCAGUAACAAGAUAUGCCUGCUUAUCAUUGACUCGGUAUCAUCUCUACUUGCUCCCAUUAUCGGCGGGAAGAAUUCACAAGCAGGGCGGUCGAUGAUGAUAUCAGUGGCGAUGAUUCUUAAGAAGUUGGCACAUAAGCACAAUCUAUCUGUUCUGGUAACGAAUCAUAUGGUCGCCGGGAAUGGAGCUCCAAAGCCCGCCCUUGGUGAGAGCUGGAAAGCUGCUCCACAUAUUCGGUUGAUGAUCUCUCGUGAUCGUGGGAGCAAUAUCUGCACCGCAACGACGCUGAAGCACACACUACUGGCUUGUGGUCGCCAUAUGAAAUUUCAGUUCCUACCUAGCUGAAUUCGCCGAGCAUGCAUGGUGUUUGAGGAGAACAUACCAGGCGUAUCUGGAGAAAUGUGUGGCUGCACACGGCGACAACUGGACAUGACUAUCGACAGCUUCACUGGCGUCAAGAUUCAGACUUGGCAUGUAUCACAUGCGCGUCAGACAUACUUCCUCCGUUUAAAAAUAUAAGAUGUUUUGGAUAUUUUAAUAUGAACCAUAUACAGAUUGAAAUGAGUGAAUAAAAGCACUAGAAAAUGUAUAUAAAUUCAAUUCAGAAAAA